AUGAAAUCUACAAACAUGGAGUCCUGUUCUGAUAGGCUGAGUCCAUCCAGUGAUUUGACGAAUGAAUCCGAAACAUCGCUUCCAUCAUUCCCAUACGAACAGCAGACCGGGAACUUCUAUCAGCCGGAUAUAAACGAAAAACAAUACUUCUCCUGCAAACAGAAAUCACCUCAAGAUAGAAAGGAGGUUUACUUACAGGAGAGCAAUAAAAACUCCUUCGAGAACUACUUACCGGCGAGAAGCAAAAAGUAUUUAAGCUUCGAACUCAAGUUACCGCCGAUCAAUGACAACUUCUUUCAAAUUGACAGCGAUGACAGAACGAUGCGUUCAACGUACUUCAGUGAUGUGAAUAAAUGCGUUCAGAAUGAAAACAAUCCAAUGCAAGAAUUGGAUAUGGAUUUAAAUAAUCAGUUUGAAAAUAUUAAUAGUGAUAGGGAUAGGGUCCAACAAUCGUAUUUCGCGGAUACCGAAAGCGGUAAUAUGCGGAGAUGUUUAAACUUCAACUCGGAACAAGUCCAAUGCGUGUGUGAGGCGCUCCAACAAAAAGGUGAUAUAGAAAAAUUGGCGGCAUUUCUAUGGAGUCUGCCACCGAGCGAAUUGUUGAGAGGGAACGAAACCGUUCUUAGGGCCCGAGCUUUAGUGGCGUAUCAUCGCGGCGUUUUUCAAGAGUUGUACGCCAUAUUGGAGACGCAUACGUUCUCACCUCGUCACCAUACAGAUCUCCAGAACCUUUGGUUCAAAGCGCACUAUAAGGAAGCUCAGAAAGUUAGAGGAAGACCACUUGGAGCUGUUGACAAAUACCGUCUUCGCAAGAAGUAUCCUCUACCAAAGACGAUUUGGGAUGGUGAAGAGACGGUCUACUGCUUUAAAGAGAAGUCCAGGAAUGCUCUAAAAGACUGCUAUUAUAGAAAUCGUUACCCAACGCCGGAUGAAAAACGCGCGCUCGCACAAAAAACGGGUUUGACAUUAACGCAAGUGUCAAAUUGGUUCAAGAACCGCCGCCAGCGGGACAGGACGCCGCAACAACCGAACAGACCAUAUAAGACGAAACUUCUCAGCAUUCCAUGGAUUCACCGUGCGGGUGCCGGGUCCAUCGCGUUGCAGGGGGAGGAGCUUCAACAGAGCCUGGGACUUGCGACCCAAGUGUAG